CAGACUUUUGGAGAAGUCCCAAGUCUCUACAACAGAAAAGGAGAGCUGAAGUUGCUGUGUCACUUAGGUGGAUCCUAGCAAUGUGGCAGUGUGUCUUGCAAGACAGUUUCUAUGCAGCAUAACCUCGUGUUUGUGAAGUCUUUGGCAAGAUUAGUGUGCUCAUUUGGAGCUUUCACAUGACAGAUGAUGACCUGAGAUGUGCCACACUGCUCUCUACCUAUCUUUACCAAGCACAGAAGUCUGAACUACAGAUUUCAUCAGACUUAACAUCAGAGAUUUGUAGAGCUUUAGCCAUUACUCACUUGAGAGACUAAGUAAAUUCCAAAAGUCAAGGACCUUAUGAGGUAAGGGGCAUCUUAAGAUUUCUAUCCCAUGUUGGACAUCCCUACAACCCUCUUGCAAGAGAAAUCAUGGCAGAUAUUUUCUGGACUGAAGGAAUCUCCAAUGAGACAGUUGCUAAUACCACUUCAGAAUUCAACUUGGAAGCAAACUUCCAGUAUCCCCUCUUUACUGUCAUCUACAGCAUUGUCUUUGUGCUGGGACUAAUAGAAAAUGCCUUAGCUCUGUAUCUCUUGUCCUGCAAAGUAAAGCACACCUCUCACUCCUAUGUAUACAUGAUUAACCUGGCCAUGGUAGACACUUUGUUUGUUUGUGUAUUGCCUUUUAAAAUUCAUUACCAUGUGAAUCGGAACAAUUGGAUCUUUGGUGAUAUGGCUUGUAGGAUAACUGGGACUUUGUACUAUAUCAAUAUCUAUCUAAGCAUAGCCUUUUUCACCUGCAUUUGUGCUGAUCGUUACAUUGCAGUGUUGCACCCCUUCACAUACGUUCAGAUCAGAGUUGCUCAUUAUGUGAUGGUGGUCGUAAUUAUUUGGAUGGUAGCUCUAAGUGUCAUGAUUCCACUCAUCCUUGGAGGUCCCCUUCACAACAAUGGUGUAGGCAACAAAACGGUGUGUUUUGAGAACUUCACUACCAGUAGCUGGACCUAUCGCAUGGCAUCUUACAACAUCCUGGCCUUAGUUUUUGGUUUUGUGAUCCCAUUUUCCGUCAUUCUCAUCAGCUACCCUCUCAUUGCCAAGAGAAUUUCCCAGAUCAAACACAGCAUUCGCAAGAGGAAAGCCCUGCGCACUAUCUACAUCAUCUUGUUCAUCUGCACCUUCUGCUUUCUACCGUAUCAUCUCACUCACUUGCUCCACUUCUUAAUGAGAAUCCAGGUCAUCCAGAAUGAACCGUUUACCAACUUGAUCUACAAAAUGCGAAGGGUCACCUUAGCACUCGUCAGCCUCAACUGUUGCUUCAACCCACUCUUGUACUACUUCACCUCUUCCAGUAAACAAUGGCACUUCAACUUCAAGCUCAGAUUCAGGUCUAAAAUAGUGUACACAAUCUGUGACCAGAAAUUUGGGGACUACUCUUACAUUUAUAAGCUAGAACAGAGACAGGGAAAUAAAAACCAUGAAGAUAUAAAUCAACUGACCUACUUAAAAACACCUAACUUCUGAGAACAGCUGAAUUUUCCACCUUAUGAACAUAAGACUAUUCCAUCAUGACUUUGGAAAGAAUUUAACAUUUGUGGGUUACCAGAGCUACCAGAAAGCACUGGCCUAGCUGAAGAACCUGCUUAAAAGCUAAUGGUUUACUUAGAGGAUAUGAUUUUUGGUAACAGACAUAGAGUCACUACUCUGCUCUGUCCCAUACCAGCACAGAACAAACAUAAAACGUGCAUAUAUGUGACUGGCCUCCUGGUAUGCAAGACAGGUGAGAGAAUGAGAAUAGAAGAGAAAUUGUCAUGAGGCUUGUGUGGCAAGAUAUGUCUAAUGCUAGCAGUGCUAAAUCAAUAUUUCAAUUCUAUGCACAAAACACACUGGAAGCCACACUUUGACCUGGUAUUCUGCAGCAGGUCAUCAGGGUGCCCAUUUUAUGCUGUGCUCCUGGACCUGGAACAAGAAAUGACAUGGAUCUUAAGGAGGUAGGGAAUGGGAUUAUUGUGGGGACAGAAGUGAUAAUGGAUCUCUAUAGAAUGUGGUAAAUUCUUUUUGCACAAACAUUGCAGCUUCUAACCCUAUUCAGCCAGUGGUUUGACAGCAGCUGAUGCUGCAGCCUACUCUCUCCUUAAGAACAGGAGAUAAGAGGUUUGGAAAAUAAGGAGCAUGGUAAUAGGGAUAUGUUGGGAUCUUAGAGGAAGAGAAGCAUGCGGUAUGACAGAAGCAAGGGGCUUGAAUCUGGGAGGCUAUAUUACUCCAUUAAAGCCUUCAAUAACCCAUCCUAGCAAACCAAGUUAUACAUGCAGCAAGCAAAGCAAUAGUAGAUCUGAAAUUACUGUAAUACAGCUAGAGCUUUGCAAUAGUGACUUUUGUGUGCAGUACUAAAUUUCUUAUGAUAAGCCUGGAUAGAACUGGAGUGAGUUCUCCAUCUCUGUAUCUUGCUCUUAGCUUGGAGGUAUUAUUUUUUUAAAUGUCUGUGAGAAGAGCUGAUCAACCUCUUAAAAUAUUGUUAACGAUGGUUCUUGUGUUUCUCUGCUAGAGUGGACUUGGUAAGAUCUUGGAGAAUCUUUGUACUUUGAGCAUUUGUAAAAUGGGGGUGAUGACAGCAUCUGAGGGCUGAGGUUAUGACAAACUAACCAUUUACCUUUCAAGAAGCUGCUAUUUUUGCCCCCUUCAUGGGCUAUGGAAAAGCUUCCCAGCCCUGGAGGGCCUGUCUUCUCUGCAACUGAGCAAAGUUCUAGUGCUAUAGACAGAUAAGGAAAGAUUUCUAUUAGACACCCCAUCUAGGAGUGCUGCUUUCCUUCAAGUCUCUGAGUUAUCACUGAGGGAAGUAUGCAUACCGUAUAAUGGGUAAUAAAAGCUAAGCUGCAGGGUAAAUAUCAUAUGUAGGGCUUUGUACUGCUGCCUAUGUUAAACUUUUAAUACUUUGCAUUUUAUUCUGAAAGGGUUAUAUUAGCUUUCAAAGCUGCUUCUUUUGAGCCCUCAGGCCUGCUCCUAGUUCUGACUUUAUAUUCCCUGUAGGGCUAUCACUGAUACUAACCUUUUAUAACAAGUCAGCUGAACUCUCCUGCUCACAAAUCUGAAAGACUCCAAGUGAGCUCUUUUGUCCCACUAGAGUCCCAGGAACAAGUUCAGGGCAGGAGUGGGGUUGGUCAUGGCUGAUACUACUCACUUUUAUGAGUAAACUGAAAGCCUAGAGGUUGCACAGAAAAGGCCUAUUAGUAUAGGUUGGUACCACUAAGGUUUUAAAGAAAAUGAGCUGUGCAAGUAGAAGAAUGCUGAAUACCUCUUACCUUACUGUGUAACCAACUUAAAGCUUGUUCCUCAGGGCUCUUUAAAAACAGGCUGCGGUGACUUCCUGGACAGGUUUCUGUGAAAGAUGACUGCAGCAUUGCUGAACAGUAAUCUUGUGUACACUCUUGCUGCAGUUAUUGUACAAACAUUUUAAUUCCUGUAUUAAAAGGAAACCAGCAACCUAUAGGUAGUAUGUCUAUUCUUAGUUUUCCAUUUAUAACAAUGUAAACAAAAUAAAAUCUAAAUCCCUCUGAAGCGUGACUGUGCCUGUUGCUUGUUGCUCAGGAUGUACUCUGUGGCAGUCCCUUUUUCAGCAGGGAUGUGAGAUAGCUGCCUAGCUCUUCAUCCUAGAGAGAGAAAAGAGAAAGCUAAAAGCACCAUUCUUUUUGACUUUUUUCCAUUGGGGGCAAGAAAUUAGACUGUGCUACCUCGAAAUACACUGAAAUAACCCUUGGACCCAGCAAAAUUCAGU